AUGUCAGCAAUUAUCCUUCUACACCAGAAUACUAGGUAUAACCUAGAAGUUAUUGAUCCCCAGAAAAAGGAGGAAUCAGUUAAAGACCAGGUGGUUUACAUGGAUUCUUGUCCGAAAACCACUUGUUGUGAUGAUUCUCUUUCGAAAAAAUUAGGUUUACAUCAAAACAAUGUUGAAUCAAAAAUUCCUUCAGUAGAAUUACCUGAUGAUCUAUUUGAGGAGGGUUUAAAUCCUUGGAAAUUUUCUCUCAUUGGUAGAUUAUAUUUACAGAAGAUUAAAUUUGUGGAUGCUGCUAUUAUUUUACGUCAACAAUGGAAAUUAGUAAGAAAAUGUAAACUAAUUCCUCUAGGAAGGGGUUUCUUUACUAUUAAACUGGAUAAUGAAGUUGAUAGAAUGACCAUCAAAGCUGGCUUGUGGGAAGUUAAUAAUCAAGUAUUACAGGUUAGAAAUUGGGUUUCAAAUUUCAGACCAUCAUCAAAACGUACAUCUAAAGCUCAAGUUUGGGUUCGUUUACCUGGUUUAGGGUUGGAAUUCUGGAAGGAGGAAUUUCUCUUCAAAAUAUGUAAGGAAAUUGGAACUCUUAUUAAGAUUGAUACUGCAACUGCAAAUUGUGAGGUUGGUUAUGAUGCUAAUGUUCUAGUUCAGGUUGAUUUUUCUCAGUCUAUUCUUAACAAAAUUUGGAUUGGUACAAAGUUUGAAGGUUUUUUUCUUCAGGAUAUCACAAUUCCUGUAUGUCCUAAAUUCUGUCAUAAUUGCAAAAUUAUUGGUCAUUUAACUACAGAAUGUAGAGUUAAGCAGAAUAAAACUAAAGCAGAUAAUGCAGGUGGAGAUAAUGGUCAAAAGAAAUUUACCACACCAGCAAAGCAUCAACAAAUUCCAUUUGAUAUUUGUAAUAUAUCAGAAAUUGCAGGUGAAGAUUCUGUAGUAAAUAUAAUUACUGAAACACAAGUUAUCAAGUUAACUAUAGGAAAUAAUAUGUUGCACAAAGGAAAAUUCAGUCCUCUUGAAUGUGAAGAAGGUAAAAUAGAAGAAGAAGUUGUCAUUAAAGAAGUUCCAAAUGUUUCAACACCAAAGAAAGUUAACAAUUUAGAAAAUUCUACUAUCAAGUAUGUAGAUGGAAAAACUGGUCAAGUAUCCAAUGAAGCUGUUAAAGUGACCUCUUGGUCUAAAAUAGUUGAAAAGGAAAUGGUUUCUAAUAUUGCAUCCUCAUCAAAUGCUACAAGUCCAAUUGAUCCGGUAAAGAGUAUGGUGAUUCACAAUUCUACAUCAAAUAAUAAAGGUAACAUAUGGUUAUUUUGGAAUAAAAAUAUUUCAACUCCUCAAGUAAUUUCUGUUUAUAGUCAAAUGAUUACAGUGAGUAUUGAAGAUGUUCUUGUUUCUGGAGUUCAUGCUCAUGUCAAGAAAGUUCAAAGAAGGUUUUUAUGGUCAGAGAUGGAAAUCAUCAGUGAGUUAAACAAACCUUGGAUCGCCUUGGGUGAUUUUAAUGCAGUUAUUUCAAAAGAUGAAAAAAUGGGUGGUAAAUCUCCUAACAGGGCUUCAAUGUUAGAAUUCGCGACUUGUUUAGAUAAUUGUGAUCUUAUUCAAGCACCUAAAACAGGGUUAUAG